AUGGAACAAGAUGUUAUAAAUUUGAAAAACCAUACUACUCAAUAUAAAGUACUGAAAGAUGAAGAAAUAAAACAAAAAGCCCUGAAGACAUAUAUGGAUAGCGAUGAGUAUAAAAAAGAAGUUGAAGCAAAUGUAAAGGCAGAAAAACUUUUACAGUUGCAAAACCAAACCGUACAGUAUGAAAACUUAGCACAAGAAAGUAAAAAUAACGACGCAGCCAUGCAAAAGGCAAUGAAAAGCGCAGAAUAUAUAAAAGCUAAUAAUGACUGGUUAGAUGCCCAAGCCAACGCCAAAGCAGCCCAACUUAUAGGGUCAAUAAGGACAAAAAUACAAGCGGAUGAAGACAGUUCAAAUGAAGCUUUAAUGAAUGCUGACUUUAAGAACGCCUUCGAAGCUCUUCAUAGUAAGGUGAAACUAGUGAACGACUUCUCAUCUGGAAAGAAACUGAAGUCUGAAGGUUUCGACAAAGAGUUAAGAGAAGUAGCACAAAAUAUGACGAAAAUAACAGAUGCAGCAACGAGACAGGCAGUUCAAAGUGCCUAUGACGCCGUUAGAGCAACUGUUGUGGAAAGUCAAGAAAAAGAGUUACAACAGACCAAAACAGACCUAGUAAAUGCUUUCUUAAAAACGAAAAGUCAGGUAGGACAUUAUGCUGCAGAUGGAACAUAUGUGCCAGCUGGUGGAACUUAUAUACCAGCUGGUGGAACUUAUAUACUAGCUAG